AAAUGGAUGACCUGCAUAGCAAUGGCGUUGAUUUCAUUUGCUUUCUCCAAGAGACACUCAGAACACAAACCGAUCAGAUGUUAUUAUUAUCACACAUGGGAGACCCAAGAAAUGCUUUCCUCAUAUAUUUCCCGAUCGCGUUCUGUCUAUGCCCAAGUGUAGGGCAAAAAGUGCUGUGGAUAGCGGCGAUAUCGGAGUGGUUAAACGCUGUCUUGAAAUGGAUAUUGUUUGGGCAUCGUCCAUAUUGGUGGGUUCAUGAAUCGUCAUUGUAUACCGAAGAAACCCGACCUGAUAUUCUGCAGUUUCCAAUAACUUGUGAAACUGGUCCAGGUAGUCCAUCCGGACAUGCUAUGGUCACAUCUUCUGUCUGGUUUAUUAUGAUAACAGCAUUUCUCAGAUACAAGUCUAAUCAACAACAACAUCCAGAGAAAUCAUCUCAUGGUUUUAUUUUCAUAUUGUCAUGGUUACUGUUUACCUUAAUGAUCACCAUGGUAGCAAUUUCUCGUCUGUUUAUAGCUGCUCAUUUUCCUCAUCAAGUUCUUCUUGGAACCCUCGUAGGUAUAUUGUUAGCAGUUCUAUUUAACAGGAUUUCAACAGAUGAUUUGCCGCUACAUUUCUAUGUUAUGGGAAGUGGUUUUAUAUUAAUCACUGCAAUUGGACUCUACGGUAUACUGCAGUUACUACAGCUUGACCCGGGAUGGACAGUGUCUCUCGCAAUAAAGUGGUGCUCCAAGAAAGAAUACAUUCAUCUAGAUACAACACCAUUCUAUGCGCUAUCACGUGAUGCUGGAUGUGUUUUUGGUCUUGGUGCUGUCCUAGCCGUACGAGACAAGUUCAAAGACAAAUUGAAAGAUAACAUCAAUUUCCUUGCUAAGGUCAUUGCAAUAUUCGCUUGUCUGAUUUAUUGUAGUUUUAUUGAGAGCGUCAAGCCGCAAUCUGAAAACAUAAUCUUUUUUUAUUUUCUUGGUUUUCUUAAAAACAGUCUCAUUCCCGUUGGUGUUGUUUUUAUCCGGACUCUUAUUUCAUAUCUGUUCUGCAAAUCAAAACGACAAUAAAGCAGAUACAUGUAUGGUUAAAAAUAAAUUUACAACUCAAUUCGAGCACUAGUGAUGGUGUAUUCUGUGUCACACCAUUUGGACGCUAUAAUUUUUCUGGCAAAAUUUGCAUUAAGUUUUCUGUAAUUUCUUUAAAUUUAGGACAAAAUGUUCCACAAAGCUAUAGGACUUUUUUGAACAAAAUUAUUCUUGUUUAUUUUGUAAAUGUUGACAAAAGUUGACUUUGGAGCUGGCAGCUGUGAUGAAUCAUGUUAGAUAUACGAGUAACAUGUGAUGUAAAGAAAGAACUCCUAUGUUCUGAGAGUAUUAGAGGCAUAUUUAAAAUAAAUUUAAGAUGAAGCCUGGCAACUAAUAUUGGUCUACUA